AUGAAAGUGUUAAGCAGCUGUAAUACUUCAAAGACACUAAAUGCUGGGAACAUGGAGAGUCUGAUUGAGUGCCAGUCGGAGGCUGAUGCCCAGAAAUGUCCACCGCUGGUCCCAGCAGAAUCUGAGGAUGGAUAUUGCCACUCAGCUGCAGAUGGAACAAAGAAAAGAAAGAAGGUGAUAUCGCAGUCAUUUACUCUGAGGCGAAGCUCUGCCAGUGGGAAUUCCCCAGGGCAGCUAGACUCGGGUGCCAAAAUUGCUCUGUUUGGCCAGCCUCUGGCAGUUCUCUGUGGGGAAGAUGACACCCUGCCCCAGCCGGUCCAGGAUCUCCUAGCUAUAUUGUAUAUGAAAGGACCUACCACUGAAGGGAUAUUCAGAAAAGCUGCCAAUGAGAAAGCACGGAAGGAGCUGAAGGAGGACCUGAACAAAGGCGGGAAUGUUGAUUUGAAAAGCAAAUCUGUGCACCUGCUGGCAGUGGUCUUGAAGGACUUCCUCCGAAAUAUUCCCUCCAAACUCCUGUCAGCUGACCUCUAUGACAAGUGGAUGCAGGCUCUGGAGAAGUCCAACAAGCAGGAAAAACUUCAAGAAUUGAAAGAGGUGGCUGCCCAACUGCCUAGACCAAACCUCGUCUUGCUCAAGCACUUGCUGUCUCUGCUCCACCACAUCAGCCAAAACGCCGAGAUCAGCAGGAUGGACUCCAGCAACCUGGCCAUCUGCGUUGGCCCGAAUAUGCUGAGCCCAGAGACGGACAACGCGCUCCCGCUGGAAGUGCAGAAGGAGAUCAAUGACAAGGUGACAGUAUUGGUGGAAUUCCUCAUAAACAACUGCUCAGAAAUAUUUGGGGAGGACAUUGCCUUGCCUGUCUGUGCCUCGGCUGAGGAGUCACCAGAGCACACAGACAGCUCCACAGAACACCUGUGUGCUGCUCAUCAGAAUGACUCCGCCUAUGACAGCCCAGAUCCUGAAGCUGAAUGCAGCCCCUGUACCUCUCAGACGGAGCAGCCCAAAGGGAGGAGCAGUAGUGUGAGCAGAAGAUAUCCAACACACAUCUCUGUCCCUUCACUGACUAAUUUCAGAAGUGACAUCAGCACGAUGGACAGAAGGUACUCAGAGCCAGACCUGUCCUUCCAGAACCACCUUGAAGGCAGGAUAAGGAAACAGAAGCUAAACAAAAGUGAGGACAAUUUUCCGGUUCAGCAGAAACAGCUAGGGUUGCAGGCACUGGAGAAACUGCUUGCAAUCUUACCUUCACAAUUAUCAACGGACUCUCUACCCAAAACAUCCUCCAGUUGCUCACUGGAGAGCUCCGAUGGCUCAGUCUUCACCAGCUCCCCAGUAGUUUCACCCUCUAGUCCCAAAAAAACCUUCUUAAAUAGACCCCAGUCCUUUUCCACCAAGGCCACCGAAGACUGCAGUAUGCCUGGCAGAGACAUCAAAAAGCAUUCCAUGUCAUUCUCUUUUGCAAACCGCAGGAAAACACUGAUAAAAACCCAGAGUUGGGGGCCUGGAAAAAACAUGGGUUUUCAGAGAGACAGUUUCACAAAGAAAGAAGAUGAGUUUUCCUGCAGAGUUGUCCAGGAGAACAGCCCUGAUGAUGACAAACCAUUGCCUGCGGCGUAUCAGCAAAGGCCCCGUUUCAGGUCAGCUGAUGAAGUGUUCAGAGAGGUAGACCAGAGGAAUCCUGGAAGACCACCCUCUUAUGAAGAGGCUACUAAAAACUGCCUGGCCACUAAAGUUCUCUCCCACAAUCUCACGGUUCAAACUAUGAGAUUAAAGGUGUCAAACCAGGACGCUUUGCCACCACAUCCAUGCAGCAGCUGUGCGCAGGAUGCAGCAUAUACGGCUCUAAGGGAUCUACCCAGUGGCAGAGCUUCUGCAGCAAAGGAUUCUGACGUGGAAACUGAAACCCUCAGUGUCACUGUGGGAAUAAACUCGCGUGUGAGUUUACCCGUGACCCCGGGAGUCUACCGGUUGAGAGCCAUGUCUGAAUCCUGUCAAAAGAAUAAACUUGAGUAUGUAGCUCGGAGGUGCAGCCAGCCAGUUUUUGAGGUAGACCAGAUCCAGUAUGCUAAGGAAUCCUAUGUUUAA